AUGGCCACAGAUUCAGGGGCAUCAUUCUUUGUGCGCCCCGGCAUGCAGCAGCACUGGUCCACCGGCGCCGAGAUGCAAGAGUUAAGGGCCAGCAGCAACGACCUUCAUCGGCUGAAUUGUGCGCACCCCGUCCGAGCUCCCUCGCCUUCAAAUCCAAUGUCGUCGUCAGAUGAGGAUAUCGUCCGUCGCCCUGGGCGUGGCACAGGUGCCGCUCAACCAGGGAGCCCAUCUGCUAGCGAACACAGCGAGGUCCCAGCGCGCAGCCAAAGUCCCAUUGGCUCAGACGCGGGCAACGUGAACGGUUACGACGAUGCGGACCUGUUUGGCUCGGACGCCUCCGAUGGAGGGUUUGGCGAUGAUAAUGAUCGACCCCAACGGAGACUCGACGACGAGGAACUCGAUUCGGGAGAUGACGUGGAUCGCAACGAUCGCGUGGGAGAACCCAUGGAUUACGAAGGGGGCGCAGACUAUGAGGAGACGGUGAAUAUCAUGGACCUGGGCCUAAGUCGGGCGCCGGAGCCAGUGACUUCUAAUGGUGAGGUAUACACGAUACCGGUCCCCCAUUUUCUGUCCAUCGAAACGGAGGAGUUCAACCCGGAGACCUAUGUUGCGCCUCCAUUUGCGACGGCGGCCACGUCUCUCUGCUGGCGCCAUGAUCCCGAGGACGAAUCGCUCCUGCAGUCGAAUGCUCGAAUUAUCCGCUGGGAGGAUGGUUCCAUGACCCUGCAGUUAGCAUCCGCGCCGAAAGAGCAAUACCGGAUCUCGACCAAGCCAUUGGCACCUCUCAGCAAGUCCGGCGAGUAUGAUACCAAGCUAGAUUCGCACGUGUACCUCGGAGCAGCCGCAGAAGCCUCCUCGGUGUUCCGACUCACCUCCCACCUCACCCAUGGACUUACGGUUUACCCUACGACCAUGGAAACUGACGAUGCAGUGCAGCGUCUGCAGGAAUCGCUCGCUGCGGCCACCCGUGGUGCCAAGAAAACACUGGAUGGAUCGGCACCUGUUAUUGAAGUGAAGGAAGAUCCCGAACUUGCCAAACGGCAGGCGGAGAUGGCGGAACGCGAGAAAUUGAAGGCCGCUCGUCGCCGCCAGCAGCUACAAGACCGCGAGCUGGAUCGCGGCCGUCGCCACGGGUUCCCCCAUCGCACCGGAGGUGCUGGCCUUACCGUGGGUGGAUUGGAAGAUGACGACGGCCUACUGACGACCCGUGCGAAGAAGCCUCGCAAGCCUAACCGCCGGGGCGAGAUUUACACGGAUGACGAAGAAGAGUAUGACCGCCGCGGCCGGACUCGGGAGGAUGAGUACGACGAAGAUGACGGUUUCCUGGUUGGCAGUGAUGAAGAACCGGAAAUCGUCGACGAUGACGAUGAAGAGGAUGUUCUGGAAGAUGACGAUAUGGACGCCGAAGGCGACGAAGAAGACAUCCCGCCCGCGAGACCCAGACAGAAACGAGCCUCUCCCGAGGCUGAGAGGGGCACUCCCCCAACCCGGAAGAAGAACCGCUAUAUUGUGGACGAUGACGACGAAGAGUGA